AUGGCAGAUUAUGAGGUAACUGGAAUUGAUCAAUUUGAAGAUCCGUUUAUACAUUUUGCUUUGUUCUCAGACUAUGAUCCUACAACUUUUGAUGAGGCUGUGAAAGACUCGAAGCGGCAAAAACUUAUCAAAGAACCUGAUGAAAGAAGAGUUAAUAACACUCUCUACAAACAAAUAGUGGGAAGUUUGAUGUAUUUAACGGCUACAAGGCCUGAUAUUAUGCAUGCUGUCAACCUUAUUAGUAGAUACAUGGAGAGUCCAAGGGAGAUGCAUCUUCUAGUUGUAAAAAGGAUUCUUCGCUAUUUGCAAGAAACUAUCAAUUUUGGUUUGUUAUCCAAGAAAAGUGAACAAUCAGUCUUGACUGGAUUCGCUGAUAGUGAUUAUGCUGGAGAUUUGGAUGAUAGGAAGAGCACUUCUGGUUGUGUUUUUAUGAUGGGCUCAGGAGCAAUUUCAUGGUCAUCAAGGAAGCAAUCAAUUGUCAAUGUUUCAGUUUAUAUUACUGUAGAAUACCAAUUAUUAUCUGGUGAAUUUUUCGGUUCUUUGCAUCAACUUUUUGCAAUAUUAUCUUUUGUAUUACAGGAACGCUUAUCAAGAAUUGAAGCUGCUAUUGCAAGUAAGAAAGAUGCUGGAGAUGAGGAUCUUUGGAAGACAAUUAGUGAACUCCAGUCUAAGCUAGAAGAUGCAAAUGCAAAGCUGGUAGUAGAACAAGUAAAGGUCAAUGACCUCACAGCAGAAAAUGAGAAAAAACAGUACCGAAUAAAACAUCUAGUCCGGGCAUUGAAGCAGGCUGAUCAAAGGUCGGAAGAAUGGAAAGCUCCCAAUUUGGAAAAAGAUACUAUCUCGAGUUUGAAGGACAUGAAAUUGUGAACUGACGAGACAUCUCUAGAGAACCUGAUUACUGGUCCACACUCUUAUCAUAUGUGUAUACUUGUUAGAUCUUCUUUCUUUCAUUUUGCUUUCAGACUAGUCUUUAAUGAGAAAUAAUGGAGAAACCAACCAUGGAAAAGGUUUUUGAUUGUGAUUUAACAUGACUUUCUAAUUUGAUCAUCUGGAACAGUAUUUUUCUUGUAGGUUAAAGUUGCGAAACAAUCAAUACUACAAGAUUGAUUUCA